UUUUAUAAAAAAUCUGACUCUUCAAUUUAAUUAGCGUCCAAAAUAAGACCUGCAAAUCACUUUGACAACAUCAUUGAUUCACCGAUGAACAGAGACAUUGAAAUCUUCAGGGACCUUAAUUUUUCAAAUCACUCAGAUAAGGGUAAAUAACCUGAAACCUCCGAUUUAUAAUAAGAAAUAUUGAAGUAAUAAGAGCAAGAUUACCUCAGGAACUAAUAAUAUUGGACAAUUUAAAUCAAGUUUCUCCAAAAAUAAGCCAAGAUGCUUCUCCAAGGCCAAAAAUCACCCUCCCACUGCCCAAACCCCGCACAAGAAAUCCCUUAAACUAAACUCCCCCUCUAUCGGACUAUCCACCCAGACUCCCAAAAUUCCAAAUUUCCAAAAUUUCCCAAAUUCUCCAAAUUCCUCAAAAACUCCAAAAUCCCUAAAAUUCCUCAUUCUCCACCGCAAAAGGCAAGGUUUUUAGGGACAGUUCAAAGGGACUUAAGAGAUUCAGAGUUCUGAAGAUGGGGAAGAAAGAGAGUGGAGAGAGUCAGAGAGAGCGAGAGCAAUUAAAACUCCCAGAACCAAGUGUCUCACGACUCCAAGCAGCAAAGCCAAAUUUGAGCGCCUCAAGAAGCUUAGUCAAAAUUGGAAACAAUCAAUGAAAUGACAAAAAGUUCAGUAAAAAUAUUCAAAUAAAGAGGGUCCUAAGAAAAUCUUCGAGCAAAUUAAGGGCAAGAGAGCAUUUCUGAGUGUAUCGUAAGCAGAACUCAUUUCAAACCCCAACAAAGAUGCAUCUCAGGUCUCUCCAAAGGACUAUUAUUGAUGAAGACAAGUUCUUUAAAAAGAGAUUGAAAGAUUUUAGUAAAAUCCAGGUUCAAAUCUUGAAAAGAAAUAAUAAUUCUCAAGAAAAAUAAGCAAGAUAAUAUCUCGUUUGGUCGAUAUGGUAAAGAUGGCAUCGUACACGGAGUUUCUUUGGUAAAUAUCAGGGUAGGAGGCAGUAAGAUCAAUUAA